AUGAGUAGUGUAGUGAAUAUGUCUGAAAACACUCUGAUUAAACUAAAAACAACGCUAAAAAAUCACUUUGAAUCAAACGAGAAGUCUCAAGGUGACGUGCAACAAAAUCAAGGAAGCGUAAACGAACAUCUAUUGUCGAGAAUGGUAAAACAAUUAGAAGAUAGAGUAGAGGAACAAUCUAAGAUGAUAAAACACCUAAUUGGCAGUGAAAACUCCGAAAUAACAAAUAUUCCUUUAAAUAAAAACAAUGAAAAUAAAGAAAAAAGAGUAAGAAUCAAAAGUAGUUCAAAUGUACCACAAAACAAUACUGAAACUAAAAUGGACGAACCUGUCAAAAUAAACAUAAAAGAGAAAAAUGUAAAGAAAACAAACAUCGAAGGAAGCGCAAUUGUAGAUGAAAAUGAAUUUCAAGCUGCACCAAAAAAAGCAUGGCUUUUUAUUGGUAGAGCGCAACAAACCACUACAAAAGAAAAAGUAGAAAACUAUUUGGCCAAAAAAAAUCCAAAUACGGUUUUCGAAGUUGAGGAAAUAAAAAAACAUGCUACGAAUAAUAGCAAAAAUAAAUCUUUUAAGGCUGUUCCUCUCAUGUUCCUUCUCGUCAAAACAAUUAAAUUAAAAAUGUUUCCAACAAUUCCCAGCAUGCAAAUGGAGGGCAGCGCCAUUCCGUACGAGUACCUUCGAAGCACUUCGAUUCGGGGAUCCUCAGAAAUGGGGAUCGUGUCUGAAAACGUCCCUGGCAAAUUGGAACUGUUGUUCCAGAUACAGGGUGUACAGUCGAUUGAGGUGCCAUUCACGCAAAGGGCCGACUCAUUUGGAGACUCGCUCGAAAACAGGGACAUGGCGUCCAUCGGGGUUUGCCCUUAA